CACAACGUAUAUAAAUGUACAGAAUUUCAUCUUCAGGUGAUGAGUACAGAUGCCAUAUUGAGCCUCCUCCCUGGGAAUAAGGCAGAUUUACUGGCUGGGAUCAAGAGCAGGCAGAUGUUAGAUGAUGUUUUAUUGGAGAUGCUGGAUUACUGCUGCACCACAUUCUACAACAGGGAUUAUGUGUCUGCAUCCGUAUUAUGUAAACCUGUGUUGGAUUACACCUGGGAGAAACUAAAUACUGGUUACUGGAAAGAUGUUGACAUCAACUGGAGGUAUGUUUAUACCAUAGGAUCAGCGGUAUUAAGUGUCAGUAAAUAUUUAACAAAAAAUGAUGAUUCGUGCGAGGACUUCUACAAAGAGCUAAUGAAGACGGUUGAUACAGGGAUAUUAAUGGGAGCACCUGUUUUAGACAAUGUCCUUGAGAGAUUAAUGUGUGCUUUCAAUGAUAUUUAUAAAGAAUUUACAAAGACAAAACAAAUCAGCAAAAGGAAAUUAAUUGUUCAAAAUAAUGAAGUAGUUGAAAAAGUUAAAAAAUGUAAGUCUGAAUUGAAGAAUGAAAAAUUACAUGUGGACAGUAAUAGAGAGAUCAGAAGAUGCUGUUGUCCUUCUCUAGAAACUUUUCAAAGUCAGUAUCUAACAAGCCAUACCCCAGUGAUAUUAACUGGGUUAAUGGAGCACUGGCCCGCCAUGACAGGGGCGAGGUCCUGGAAUCUGGAGAGAAUACAUUCCCUGGCAGGACAUCGGUUAGUCCCCAUAGAGAUUGGUUCAAAGUACACGGAAGAUAACUGGACUCAGAGCCUGAUGACUGUUGGCAAAUUUAUUGACAAGUUCAUCGAGAAUUCUUCUGAGGAUAUUCCUACAGGAUAUCUGGCUCAACACCAGCUUUUCGACCAGGUACCGGAAAUGAAGGAGGAUAUUAUAAUACCAGACUACUGCUACUUAGGUUCCGAAGAGGAAGUGGACAUUAAUGCUUGGUUUGGUCCCGGGGGAACUGUGUCCCCCCUUCAUCAAGACCCCAAAGAAAAUUUUUUAUCCCAAGUGUUUGGAGAGAAAUAUGUUCGUCUCUAUUCUGCGGAAUUCACAAAAUCUGUUUAUCCCCAUGAUACCAUGUUACUGAAAAAUACAAGCCAAGUUGACAUUGAAAAUCCUGAUUAUGUACAAUUCCCAUUGUUUAAAGAUGCCUGUUAUUCUGAAUGUAUUCUUAAACCUGGAGAAAUGUUGUAUAUACCCAAAGAAUACUGGCAUUUUGUCAAAUCAUUGUCAGUAAGUUUUUCAGUGAGCUUUUGGUGGCAAUAGACAUUUUACUAAUUUGAUGUUUAUUUUUUCAUAUGAAAUUUAUUUAAUGCAAUUAUAAGCUGAUAGGCAGGGUUAAUUGGUCAUUUCAUAUGGUACCUUUACGUUGAAUAUAUAUGUGUGAAUUUAAAAAAAAAGACAAACAACUAAAUUUGAAAGAUGCAGACAAGUAACUCAAUGUAGGGGAUAUUUGUUAUCACAAUCUUGCUAAAGUCUUCAUUGUUUUGAAAGAAAUGGCUUGUUAAUACAAGAACAUUGAAUUACA